CUUUAAACUGCCUGCUUUGUGACAUCAUUCUCCCACCAAACCGACCUCCACCUGGUAGAAUCUUGGGGUUUCCUGGGCGUGGCCUGUAAAUUUGUAUCAUCGCAAGGGGCCAGUGACCAGUAACCAGUGACCAGUGGCUUUCAUACUGGACACAUGCACUGGUUGGCUUCAGCCACCCAGACAUCCGCUAGUAUCGUCUCUUCUUCCCUUCUAUCUGCAGUUGAUGUUUCUUCUUCUCUGACCAUGUCAGAAUAUUUCCAAAAUACGUCUUUACCUGGAACUGCAAAUUCUCUGCAGUUCUCUCUUCCUGUGGUGAGCAAUGCAGCUUUCUUAACAGGAAGCAUCUCCAACUUCUCCAGAAGCUCUGCUUCAGCCAUCAGCUCAGCAUGGCUACAGCCAUCAGCCUCUGGCACCUCCUUCCAGCCACUCAUGGGCAGUGCCUACCUUUACCAACAUUCUAGCACAACUAUGUUGUCUGGGGUUACUGGCCAGAGCCAUAUCUGUACUUCAGCUGCCUCUUAUCCAGGCGUUUUUGAGUGGGAUAGUACAGCAAGCACAGUAAAGAAGUCAUCCUCACUCAGGGACUUCAAUGUGACUGUCAUUGAUCAGAACACAGCUGUCUCUUCCAUGCCUAUGACAGCCCAGUAUUAUAAAACUUCAGAUACCAAUACUAUGGUCCCUCUGUAUCCAUCACUAUCUGCCAGCCUUGUUCAGGGGACACUAACUCAAAUUCCAAAUCAGCAGGGCCAUAACCUGUCACUUCCCUGCCAGAUAGGAAGCCAGGUCUAUUACUAUAAUCAAGGCACACUGGGGCCUCAACUAUCCUGCCUGCAAUCUUAUGGCUCUGUGUCAUACACAGGAUAUAGGGCUUCUGCCCAUCAACCAGAAAUGGUGAUGGUGCUAAAGGAGGUUCAGCCCACAAAUGUCCUACCACCAGUCUCUACUUCUGGGAUGUAUUACUCUGUGUCUUCUCAACCCAUCACAGAAACCAGUGUUCAAGGUGAGCACAAACAUCAAGAAAGGAGAGGAAUAAUGUCAGCAUUGAAAAGGAGGGUCAAAUCUGUACCGAGUGUGAUGGAAACUUCCCUGGGGAUGGAUACUUCCCUGGGAUUGCAAUCUCCAAGCCAGACAUUUUGUCUGCCACAAACUCCAGAAUUCUCCAAGUCCUUCAGUAGCAGAAAUACCCAGACACUUAAGAGUAACCCAUCACCUGAGCUUGGGGACAUUUCAAUAACUCCAGUCCAGAGUCCUACUAAUCUCUUGACACUGUCUCCAGCUCCAAGCCAGGAAAAAAAUGAGAAUGAGAAUUUGGAUGAGAUUGAAACCAACCUUUCAAAGCCUCUAGAUGUCCACCAGAUCCUAAUAGGAAAUCAAGAUCCUCCACUACUUCCUGUAGAAAUCACCGAUAUUCACCCGCUUCUGGCCUGCAUUGAUCCUCUUGGCCAAGAGGAGCAGCCUGGUUCUGAAAAUGCCAAUCUAAGAAAUAACAGCCUGAGUCUUGAGGACCAAGGGAUAUUUGAAAAUGGGAUUGAGUCUAGCAGUGAUUUGGCAGACAUCACUACAUGGGUGGAGGAUACUUACCUCCCCCCAGUCUUCAGUUCCUUACAAGAUCUUGACCAACCUGAAAGUCCCUCAGCAAAGAAAGCCAAAGAUACCAGUGCCAUCAAGGUAAAUCAGGUGCAGGAAAAGUCACGUGUCAUGAAGGGUCACUCUGAUCAAGUCAGGAAGAACAAGCAUAAAACUUCCGAGCCUAUCCAGGGUGCUCCCAAGGCCAAAAUCCAGCCAAAGAACCCAGAGUGCCUAUUAGAGAGAGAAGUGGUUGUUUGCAGUGCUACAGUCAGUGACAGCGCUUCUGUGAACAAGGUCAAGCAUUCUAGCAACAAACCUCACAAAGCUGCAUCCAGCAGGAUCAGCAAAACUAAGAGCCAUGGGCAGGAAAAGACCAAAGGGAACAGAAAGAACAGCUCCAAGAAAUCUGAAGAGAGUAAGCAGUCAGGGAACAAAGUCAAGGUAGAAGAGAAGCAAACCAUUCCCAAUAUGAAACGGAAGAAAAAUCAACCUGAGCUUAGCCAAGAGACCCUUAAAAAGCCCCGAAGCUCCCUAGGCAUGCACAUGCUAGAGUCCGUGCAAGUUUUCCAUGCACUCGGGAAAAAGAUCGAUAUGAAAACUGGAUUCUCUUCCUCCAGGACCCUGGGAAGCUCAAGCAACACCCAAAACCGCCAGUCAUUCCCAGCUGUCAAACCAUGGCUGGAUAUCCAACAUGAGGGUAAAGGCCCGGAGAAAAUUCAAGUCAAGGCCCAGAAACUAGAUGGUAGUGCUGAAAAAGAGUGUACAUCUCCAUUCCACUCUGAGUUGCCACCACCUGGGAAGGUCAAGUUGAUACCUUUGCCCUUUCUGACCCUGGACCAACCUCAAGCUCGACCUGUUUCUCGGCGGCCAAACCCUCUAGCCUCACGUAGGCCUGCUGUGGCUUACCCUGCUCGACCUGAUUCUACUAACUCAGCUCAAUCGACUGCGGUCAAUCCAUCCCGACCAGCUCCUACCAACACAUCUUUGACAGGUCCUGCCACACCAGCUCAGCCAAUUUCAGCCAAAGCAACCCAACCCAGUUCAGCCAACCCUACCCAGCCUACUGUCCCUCAAUCUGCUGCUUCUAGGCCAUCAGCCUACAAAACAUCAUCUCGUUCUUCUCUGCAGCGGGAGCCUGUUUCCACUGCUGUGACCAGUCUCCGGUCACUGCCCAAGCCUCAAAAUCAAUUUCUAAUCCAAGGCUUCAGCCUCCAACCCCGUCCAUGGAGGAAACCCACUGUUCCUGAGCCAGUAAUGUCAACGCCCAUCACAGAAGAGCAGAGGCCAGAGCGUGAGGCCAUGAAGAGAAAGGCUCAACAAGAGCGUGAGAAUGCUGCCAAAUACACCUCUUUGGGGAAAGUGCAGUUUUUCGUUGAAAGGCAAAGAGAUAUGGAAAUUGCUGAAUACUAUGGCUACACAAUCUAAGAGCUGAGAUUGUUGGUUUUACUUUGGAUACCGCUGGUUUUCCACAUAUAUAGAUAGAUACUAAUUUAUUUAUUCUGAUAUAUUUUUAAAACAUAAUAAAGAAAUGUAAUAGAAUUGAUUAAUAGAUAAGUAAUAAAGAGGCCUUUUGAGUUUU